AGGCCUGACGUUGGCAUGAAGUAGACGACAGGGGUCCCGGCCGCCUCUCAGCAUGUCUUCCACGCAGGGCAGUGGGGAGCACUGGGACUCCCUGGAGUCGGUGGGCCUCAGCCGCAAAGAGCUGGCAAUGGCCGAAGCUCUGCAGAUGGAGUACGACGCGCUGUCCCGGCUGCGGCAUGACAAGGAAGAGAGCAGAGCCAAGCAGAACGCGGACCCGCCGCUCAUCAGCUGGGACGAGCCCGUGCUCGGUCUCUACAACAAACCAGCCGAGAGGCGCCGUGACCUCAAGCUCUUCCGUGGUCUGUCUGGCUCCGAUCCCACCCUCAAUUACAACUCACUCUCCCCGCAGGAAGGGCCGCCUGCCCACCCCAUCCCCCAGGGCUCCCGGCCUGGCCCCGACCCCUGGCCCAAGGGCUCCCUGGCCGGCGACUAUCUCUACAUCUUUGAUGGCUGUGACGGGGGCCUCUCUUCAUCCCCAGGAACGGGGGAUGAUGACAACGACUCUUCGAAAAAACUGUCGCCCCCUCCUCUGCCUCCCAGGAAGGGGUCCCCCUCCUUGUCCUCCUCCAAGACCUCCCGGCCCAAUGACAUCAACACUUUUUCAUCGGUUGAACACCCUCCUGGCAAACUGCUAGGGCACCAAGAGGAAGAGGCGCCCGGAGGUGGGCAUCUAGGGCACCUCCUGGAGCCUGUGGACUAUGAUGGCAUCAACUGUGCCAUCACCCGUCUCAACCUGAAGUCCACCUAUGACGCCGAGUUGCUGAGAGACGCCAGCCGGGGCUGGAAGGACUCCGGCAAAGACACCCCUGGAAAGCCCGUGGCCCGGAGCAAGACCAUGCCCCCUCAGGUGCCCCCACGCACCUACCCCUCUCGCUAUGCCAACCGGAAAAAUGUCACUUCCGGCAAGAACCAUCGGAUUUCUGCUGCUCCGGUGGGCUCGCGGCCGCAUGCCGUUGCCAAUGGCCACGAGUUGUUUGAGGUCUCAGAGGAGAGAGAUGAGGAAGUUGCUGCAUUUUGCCACAUGCUGGACAUCUUGCGCUCGGGCUCUGACAUCCGGGACUACGCCCUCACUGGCUACGUCUGGAGCACCGUCACCCCGAGCCCUGAGCACCUGGGUGAUGAGGUCAACCUGAAGGUGACGGUCCUGUGUGACAGCCUGCGGGAGCCGCUCACGUUCACCUGCAACUGUUCUUCCACAGUCGACCUGCUCAUCUACCAGACCCUGUGCUACACCCACGACGACCUGCGGGGCGUGGACGUGGCGGACUUCGUGCUGAAGCCCUGCGGGCUGGAGGAGUUCCUGCAGAACAAACACGCCCUCGGCAGCCACGAGUAUAUCCAGCACUGCCGCAAGUUUGACAACGACAUCCGGCUGCAGCUGAUGACGCGGGGAGCUGUCCGCAGUGACCUGGCACGCACGGUGAAUGAUGACCAGGGCCCCUCCACCUUGAACUACCACGUCCAUCUGCAGGAGAGGCCAGUCAAGCAGACCAUCAGCAGGCAGGCCCUGAGUCUACUGUUCGAUACGUACCACAACGAAGUGGAUGCUUUCCUGCUGGCAGACGGGGACUUCCCGCUGAAGGCUGACCGGGUGGUCCAGUCAGUCAAGGCCAUCUGCAACGCCCUCGCUGCCGUGGAAACGCCUGACAUCACCAGUGCCCUCAACCAGCUGCCCGCCUGCCCCUCGCGUAUGCAGCCUAAGAUCCAGAAGGAUCCCACCGUCUUGGCUGUGAGGGAAAAUCGAGAGAAGGUGGUGGAGGGACUCACGGCCGCCAUCCUCGACCUGGUGGAGCUGUACUGUCACACAUUCGAUGCGGACUUCCAGCCCACGGCCCACGGGAGCCGGGCGCACCAGGUGGUGCAGGACGCCUGCCACUUCUCGGGGAAGCUGUGCUUCACCGUCUACGCCACCCACCGCAUCCCCAUCACCUGGGUGACCAGCUAUGACGAUUUCUACCUCUCCUGCUCGCUCAGCCACGGUGGCAAGCUGCUGUGCAACCCCCAGCAGACCCAGAAGACUCGCUUCUCCAAGUACCUCUUCCACCUCAUCGUGUGGGACCAGAAGCUCUGCUUCCCGGUGCAGGUGAACCAGCUGCCCCGGGAGACCCUGCUUUGUGUCACCCUCUAUGCCCUGCCCGUGCCCCCACCAGGCAGCUCCUCCGAGGCCACCAAGCAGCGGAGGGUCCCCGAAGUCCUGGGCUGGGUCACCACUCCACUCUUCAACUUUAGGCAAGUCCUGACCUGCGGCCGGAAGCUUCUGGGCUUAUGGCCAGCCACGCAGGAGAACCCCAGUGCCCGCUGGACUGCACCCAACUUCCACCAGCCGGACAGCGUCAUCCUACAGAUUGACUUCCCCACCUCAGCCUUCGAUAUCAAGUUCGCCAGCCCCUCCAGAGACAGCUUCAGCCCCUGCUAUGAGUUCGGCAGCCUCGGGGAGGAGGACCAGCGCAAGCUCAAGAGCAUCAUGCAGAAAGAGUCCCUGUACUGGCUCACGGAGGCAGACAAGAAGCGCCUGUGGGAGAAACGCUAUUACUGCCACGCCCAGGUGAGCUCGCUGCCGCUGGUGCUCGCCAGCGCCCCCAGCUGGGAGUGGGCGUGCCUGCCGGAAAUCUACGCGCUCCUGAAGCAGUGGGCCCACAUGAACCACCAGGACGCGCUGGGGCUGCUGCAUGCCACCUUCCCCGACCAGGAGGUGCGCCGCAUGGCCGUGCAGUGGAUCGGCUCGCUGUCGGACGCUGAACUGCUCGACUACCUGCCACAGCUUGUGCAGGCCCUGAAGUACGAGUGCUACCUGGACAGCCCCUUGGUACGCUUCCUCCUCAAACGAGCCAUCUCGGACCUGCGGGUCACGCAUUACUUCUUCUGGCUGCUGAAAGACGGUCUGAAGGACUCGCAGUUCAGCAUUCGCUACCAGUACCUGCUGGCCGCCCUCUUGUGCUGCUGCGGCAAGGGGCUGCGGGAGGAGUUCAACCGCCAGAGCUGGCUGGUCACCACCCUGGCCAAGCUGGCCCAGCAGGUCCGGGAGGCCGCCCCGUCCGCACGGCCGAGCACCCUGCGCACGGGCCUGGAGGAGCUGAAGCAGUUCUUCGCCCUCAAUGGCUCCUGCCGCCUGCCCCUCAGCCCCAGCCUGCUGGUCAAGGGCAUUGUGCCCAGGGACUGCUCCUACUUCAACUCCAAUGCGGUUCCUCUCAAGCUCGCCUUCCAGAACGUGGACCCACUGGGCGAGCAUAUCCGGGUCAUCUUCAAGUGUGGAGACGACCUUCGCCAGGACAUGCUGACCCUGCAGAUGAUCCGCAUCAUGAGCAAGAUCUGGGUGCAGGAGGGACUGGACAUGCGCAUGGUCAUCUUCCGCUGCUUCUCCACUGGCAGGGGGCGAGGGAUGGUGGAAAUGAUCCCCAACGCUGAGACCCUGCGCAAGAUCCAGGUGGAGCAUGGGGUGACCGGCUCCUUCAAGGACCGCCCCCUGGCCGACUGGCUGCAGAAACACAACCCCGGGGAGGACGAGUACGAGAAGGCCGUGGAGAACUUCAUCUACUCAUGUGCCGGCUGCUGUGUGGCCACCUAUGUCUUGGGCAUCUGUGACCGACACAACGACAACAUCAUGCUGAAAACAACCGGCCACAUGUUCCACAUCGAUUUUGGCCGCUUCCUGGGCCAUGCCCAGAUGUUUGGCAACAUCAAGCGGGACCGUGCCCCCUUUGUCUUCACCUCGGACAUGGCGUAUGUCAUCAACGGGGGUGACAAGCCUUCCAGCCGUUUCCAUGACUUCGUUGACCUUUGCUGCCAAGCCUACAACCUCAUCCGCAAGCACACCCACCUGUUCCUCAACCUGCUGGGCCUGAUGCUGUCCUGUGGCAUCCCUGAGCUCUCAGAUCUGGACGACCUCAAGUACGUGUACGAUGCCUUGAGGCCUCAGGAUACAGAGGCCAAUGCCACCACCUACUUCACGAGGUUGAUCGAGUCCAGCCUGGGCAGCGUGGCCACGAAGCUCAACUUUUUCAUCCAUAACCUGGCCCAGAUGAAGUUCACAGGCUCCGACGACCGGCUCACCCUUUCCUUUGCCCCCCGGACGUACACCCUCAAGAGCUCCGGCCGCCUCACCAACGUUUUCCUCUGCCGCCAUGAGAAGAUCUUCCACCCCAACAAGGGCUACAUCUACGUGGUGAAGGUGACGCGAGAGAACGCUCAUGAGGCCACGUACAUCCAGCGCACGUUUGAGGAGUUCCAGGAGCUGCACAACAAGCUGCGUCUGCUCUUCCCUUCUUCCCUCCUGCCCAGCUUCCCCAGUCGCUUUGUGAUUGGCCGCUCCCGGGGAGAGGCGGUGGCCGAGCGGCGGAGGGAAGAGUUAAAUGGCUACAUCUGGCACCUGAUCCACGCAGCCCCCGAGGUGGCCGAGUGUGACCUGGUGUACACCUUCUUCCACACCCUGCCACGUGACGACAAGGCUGCAGGCACCAGCCCGGCUCCCAAGUCCUCAGAUGGCACCUGGGCCCGUCCCGUUGGGAAGGUGGGAGGGGAGGUGAAGCUGUCCAUCUCCUACAAAAAUAACAAGCUCUUCAUCAUGGUCAUGCACAUCCGGGACCUGCAACCGCUCCAGGAUGGGAAUGACCCUGACCCCUAUGUGAAGAUUUACCUCCUUCCUGACCCCCAGAAAACCACUAAGAAGAAAACCAAGGUGGCCCGGAAGACCUGCAACCCCACCUACAAUGAGAUGCUGGUGUAUGACGGAAUCCCGCAGGGCGACUUGCAGCAGCGGGAGCUGCAGCUGAGCGUGCUGAGCGAGCAAGGGUUCUGGGAGAACGUCCUCCUCGGCGAGGUGCGCAUCCGUCUGCGCGAGCUCGACCUGGCCCAGAAGACCGGCUGGUUCGCGCUGGGAUCUCGCAGUCACGAGACCCCGUGAGCCCCGGACAGCCCUGGCCUGGGCACCCAGGCUGGUGGUGGAGCUGGGGGA